CAGGAUAUUGCGUAGUACAUGCUAAAAGCUGCUAGCGGAAGAUAAACAGAAAGCUUGUUCAACAUGGCAGAGACUCACAGCUUGCAGGACAUGAGGCAACAGGCAGCCGUCGCUGCCAAAGUCUUCAUUCAGAGAGAUUAUACCAACGGCACUGUGUGCCAGUUCCAAACCAAGUUCCCUUCUGAGCUGGAGACACGGAUUGACAAACAGCAGUUUGAGGAGACGGUGCGGACACUGAAUAACUUGUAUGCUGAAGCGGAGAAGCUGGGAAGCCAGUCAUAUAUUGAAGGCUGUCUGGCCUGCCUCACAGCGUACACCAUUUUCCUGUGUAUGGAGACUCACUAUGAGAAGGUUUUGAAGAAGAUUGCAAAAUACAUUCAGGAGCAGAAUGAUAAGAUCUACGCACCACGAGGCCUCCUGCUCACCGAUCCCAUUGAGAGAGGCCUGCGAGUUAUUGAGGUUACCAUCUUUGAAGACAGAAGCCUGACCAGAUAAAAGCUGCCAUGCAGCAGCCCAGCACCAGUGCCCAGCUUCCUGAGGACCCCCAGACCUGCACCCUUAAAACUGCGUCUCUACAAUCUUUCCCUUUCCAACAAAUAUCACAUGCACGUCCCAUUCAGAGUUUCCUUUGUGACCAAGCUCACUUAUUCAACUAUUAUUUUAUUAUAAUUAUUAACCCUUUCCCCCUUCAUCGAGGGUUAAAAUCUGUUUUAUGCUUGUAUUAGGUUGGAGAAAAUUAACACACGUGAUUUAUUGACAUUCUUUGAACAAUAAUUAUGCUUUAUUUUGGACUAAAAACUUUUUGACUAGAGGAAUUAUGAACUUUUAUAUAUUUCUUUUUCGGACACUCCUUUUUGAAUAAUAAAGCCGACAGACAGGGUGACUUAUUUUUUAUGAAGGACUGUUGAACUCAUCCACACCCAUGCUUUAAGUGAUUGUCCUGGCUGAACUGAGGAUAUCAUUUAUUCAAGAAACAGAGAAUCUUGAUAAUCAGUGUGAUUUUCUGCAUGUGCCACACCUCACGGUUUGUUUGCUUUGUUCUUAUUCAUGUAUUCUUGCAAGGGUGGUAGUUUAUUAUCUUUCCUGCAUGUUUGCUUUGUAGAGUUUGACCUUAUAUUUAACUGACAGCACUGAACUUUGUCAGGAUCCAAACAUUCCAGUCAAACCUUCCCAGAUUCUGACCUUAAUGUAUGCCUUUGAUUUAAGAAAAGAAACGCCAAAACUUGUGCUUGAUCUGUAUUUAGCAUGUAAUAUUGUUGAUGCUUACUCUUUUUUGUUUUUCUUUUUGUAAACUGUGCUAAGCAUAGUGACUGGUGACUACUGUUGAUUUUUGACUCAUGUCUAAUAAGCAUAUAUUCAUAUAUUGUGAGAUUGCCUUUGGCAGAAGUAUUAAAAGUGCUCUUGUUCGUUGACAGUGCCUGUAAUGGUUUAGAAUGUUGCCUUUGUUAAAGUCUAUAGGGCUGGUCACACUGGGAUUUUAAACAGGGAAAUUUGCAGAGAUUUCAGUUUAUUCCAAUGGAAUUGUUGUUACUGAUGGACUUGCUCGGGGGGUGCAAAUGUUUUGCGUUAAGUUCAUUUUUGAUGAAUUUGACCUUUAGAUUUGCCUUUUUUUUGCCAGUAGCAAGCCAUCUUGACAGUGCUGACCUUUAAGUGGCAGAGAAUGGAAAAGUAACUAAUUGGCUAAUGUAGCUAAUUAGCUGUGUUGCACCAUCUACUUGUAUUUAACCCGGUUGAUCGGAGUAUAUAAACUUUUCCACAUAAAAGGAAUUGUUUGCGGAUCGUUUUGAGAUAGGAGUCGAUUUUACAAAUAUUUCCUUUGCAUAAACUGUGUGACCUUGUUAUUGCAUUAGUUAUUGAGCUAUACUGAGAAGGAAAAUAUAGCUGUCUGAGCUAACGAGCUUGCUUAAGGCCUUUGUCCACUUAGCUUUUUUUUUUUUGUUUUUUUCCUUAACACCAGCAUCUUUUUAAAAAAAAUUUCCUGAUGAGGAGAGAGCACAUGUGGCCACAUGCAGCAACCUUCUGCCCAGAGCCCCCCCCCCCCAAGUGCUCUAGCUUUUUUGUACGGCUGCUCUGAGUGCUUCAGUUUGAAAAUCUCUGAUCUGAACGAACUUUGAAAGGUGUUGGUGUCGUCACGGUUGCUCCUUUAAUUACUGUCACAACAAAAGUGAAAACGACCAUUUGUGGGAGCAGAUCGGUCAGACACUGAAUGUUGUAAGCUUGUUGUUGGCUGGGUAGUCAACCCUCAGCACACACAGCUACAUAGAAGCAAACAGUGAAGCGCUGGGUAGUAGUACUCCUUGCCACCCUGCCUUGUGUGUGUUGAUGUAGCACAUUUCUUUGGCAGAAAAGCGCUACAUCAACACACAUACACACACACACACACACACACACACACACACGCCCCCGAUGGUCAAUUAGCAAACUUAUUUGCUUGUUACUUCAGAGAGCUUUAUUUUCCUGCCUCAAUCAUUUUUUUAUUGCUCGAAAUGGUGUAACUGGGUUGACAUGAAAUGUUUACUCGAAAUAAUCAACAUAGACCAAACAGGAUUUCUGUAACGUCACAAGAAUUGUGGGUUCAAUCAAGUAAUCAUGAAGACAUUAGAAGCCCUAUGCAGCUAGGUUGAAAAUCAAUGGUGAGCUCACUGAUUCUUUUUCUGCUACAGAGAUCUACAAGGCAGAGCUGCCCAUUGAGUCCACUCCUAUUUAUGGAUUUUAUUGAACCAUUGGAACAAUGGAUUAGACAGAAUAGCAUAAUCAAAGGUAUAAAAAUGGCGACGAAGGAACAAAAAUUGGCCCUAUUUGCAGAUGAUAGUCUUAUGUAUCUCUCAAGUCCAACAGACUCCCUUCCUGUUUUGAUGUCAGUGUCGGAUGAAUACGGGUAGUACUAAGGCUAUACACUAAAUGAGUAAAUAAACUCAGGUCCUUAAUAUUCACUGUAACACCCCUCAGUAUCUUUGCUCUAGGUAUCAAAUAGGCUGAGAUAAGACAUCUGUGAUAAAUUUAGGAAUUCUUUUGCCUAUCUAAAUUAGAGGGGAUUAAUUAGGGUUCUUUAAAAACAGAAAUUGUGUAAAUCUCCAGCCACUUGGCAUAGCACCAGAGUUAGCAGUUAGCUCAGCAGCUGCAGCAGUUCCCCAGCUCGCCCUGCGAGUAGAGUCACAACGUCACUAAGCUUCAAGAACCAAAUGCUUCACAAAGACAUGUAGAUUAAUUUCACUGCACCAGUUUCUAGUGUGACCAGACCUUAACUGUGAAAUCCUGUCAGUCAGAUCUUGGCUUUGUCCACUUAUUGCUGACAAGCAUUUAAAACCUAAGAUAAUGCUAAAAUGUUUUUGGAACCUUAACAAAGGUUGAAUAUACUGUAGUAUGUAUGGCUGGUAAUGCUUAAUUAUGUAAUGACUACAUCUACAAGUAAUGCCAUUCUGGAUGCCAUAGCUAAAGAAUCAACAGUUAUCUUGACCUCUACAUAUGUAAAUAAAAUUUCAUUAAUAAUUUUUGAUUUAGGUCGUCCUUUAUUUAUCUGGACUUGGGUUAAUUGAAAUUUUCUAUGUUCUUUUUUCAGUUAAAUUCCAAUGUUUUAUUAAUCUAAAACUUGUAUGCUAACAAAUAAAAUGUGUACAUAUUUUACACCA